UGUUUAGACGGUGGCGCGUAGUCUGAAUUGAACGGCUUGCCGAAGCGCACGUUCGCCGUUGUAGUGUACGUAUUUCGCGCGAUCUCGGCUUUCGUUUCCGACGAAUAUUUUUUUGCGACCGUUAAUUUUUCCGUCUUGCUUCUUUUUUUUUCGAUUGAUUUUUUUUGUCAACCGAACAAAAUAAUAUAUUAGUUACCGUCGACACAAGUCCUUCUGACUGGGUACUUUUCAACAUGCCCAUGCGUGCAGUAGUGUGCGACUAAAAACUAGUCGAAAUAUUCAACACCACCAUAAUAAUAUUAACUACCGGAUAAAUAUUGAAAUACGCUCGAAAAUAUAAUAACUGUUAUAAUAUUAUUAUCGUGUACACUACGAAUACCUAUAAUACACCGUACGAGCGUUUUGGACAGAUGCAUCAAUAGCCGCCGAAUCGAUUUUGAAUAACUUCAUCAAGACGUAUAAAAAUCAAAUUCAAGACCAAUUAAGACACAUUGGUAAAAAAGGUGGAUUUAUUUUUAAAAAUGGAUCCAUUGGACGAUGUUGAAAAUUGUGAACCCCAUCAUCACCUGCUUAAAAGACCACCUGUAGAUAUCGAAUUUUCAGACUUGACUUACAGCGUACCACAAGGACGAAAUGGAUCAAAAAUUAUUCUUCGGAGUGUAAGUGGUUUGUUCAGAUCCGGUGAACUGACAGCGAUACUCGGACCGUCCGGCGCGGGGAAAAGUACAUUGAUCAAUGUAUUAGCUGGUUAUAGAUGUGGUGAUGCCCGAGGUUCCAUAAUGGUAAAUAGCCGACCAAGAGAAAUGAAAUCAUUUCGAAAAAUGUGUCGUUACAUAAUGCAAGAAGACCUCUUGCAACCGGCACUCACAGUAUUAGAGUCCAUGGAAAUAGCUUCAGAUUUAAAGCUUGGUUAUACGAUUUCCAAAGAAAACAAACUUGAAUCUAUUGAAGAUAUCCUACAAAUGCUUCGGCUUACUAAAGCGAAAAACACACUCAUGGAGAAUUUAUCUGGUGGAGAAAGAAAACGAUUGUCUAUCGCUUUGGAGCUUGUUAACAAUCCCCCUGUAAUAUUUUUGGAUGAACCUACCACUGGUUUAGACGACUUAUCCAGUUCGCAAUGCGUGUCAUUACUUAAGGAUCUUGCCUAUGGCGGUAGAACAAUCAUUUGUUCUAUACACACACCUAGCGCAAAAUUAUUUGCGAUGUUUGAUCACAUAUAUAUAGUAGCCGAAGGACAGUGCAUGUUUGCAGGAGUUGGCCAGGAUAUGGUUCCAUACCUCUCUACCGUAGGACUCAAUUGCCCUAAGCACUACAACCCAGCGGACUUUAUGAUCGAAGUUUGCAGCAGGGAGUAUGGCGAUUAUUCGGAAAAAAUGUCAACGGCCGUGGACAACGGUAAAUGUUUGAGAUGGUUCAAAGAUAAUGCUGAAAUGAGGAAGCCAAUCGUACGCCGAGCGUCACAGUACGACACAGUCUCCAAUCACCUGUACGAUUUUUCUAGUACGGGAUGGUCUCAGUUUAACGUGCUCCUCCGGCGAAUGAUGAUACAACACAAAAGAGACUAUACGUAUUUAUUGUUCAAAUUGUUCAUGUACACGUUUAUCGGCCUAGUAGUCGGCGGCAUGUUUUUUCAAUUCGGAAAUGACGCUUCUAUGACUAUUUUCAACUAUGGGUUCAUAUUUAUCACCAUAAUCGUUUUUAUGUACACACCACUUAUGCCAGUAUUGUUAAAAUUUCCUACAGAAGUUCAGCUAUUGAAACGAGAAUACUUCAACCGAUGGUACGGACUGAAUGCUUAUUUUUGUGCGCUCACGUGUUCACAACUCCCGAUGCAGAUAAUCCUAUCGUCAAUCUACAUAGCGAUAACUUACUUCUUGACAAACCAACCGUUGGAAUGGGAACGAGGAAUUAAAUUUUCCGUUGUGUGUUUGAUGGUGUCCUUGUCGUCAGAGAGUAUGGCGUACGCGAUUUCUUCACAAUUCAACGUUACGAACAGCGUGUUCUUCGGGCCGUGCGUGGCUUGCCCGAUGAUGCUGCUGGCAUCAUUCGGUCUGGGCUACGAGGAGGACGAGAUCCCCGGCAUCAUCCGGCUGGGCAUGAACUUCAGUUACCUGCGGCACGGCGUCGAGGCGCUCGUCAUGGCCGUCUACGGCAACGGCCGCGGCCGGCUGGAGUGCCCCAAAAACGAGGACUACUGCGAACUCCGGGACCCGUCGGCCCUGUUCAAGACGGUCGGCAUGUCCCAGGUGACAUACUGGGGGUCGAUGAGCGCCCUGUGUGGCAUGUUCCUCGCGUUCAAGGUGGCGUCGUACGUGAUGCUCCGGUGGAGGCUCAGCACCAAACCGUCGCUGCUGCUCAAGCUCGGGUUUGUCGGCCGUUUCAUCAAGGCCAACUUUAACAUUCCUCGCUGA